AUGGACAACACCAGCAGCAGCGGCAGCAGUAAUAACAACAAGUCCGUGCGCCGCCAACCGACUCCUCCGGAUACAGAAGUUCCAAAAGCUCCGGGCACAGUUACUCCAGACAGUUUUUACGCGUCGGCUUCAAAAUCGAGUUUAGGGCCCCCACCAUUGCCAUUGCGCCCAAAGAGCAAUGCAGGGUCUGCCCACACAAAGGUCAGCAUCGAACCCCCGCCAACCUAUGACACUGUAUUUCGCGAGCCCCAGCUUGUCUCAGAGGACACAAUCGGUAACGAUCAGGUCCCUGCGCUCAUCCCAGCCGAUGACCAUCACAAUUGGUCGGCUGUCCAGCCCAAAUGGGCCGAAGAUGACUGGACCAAAAAUGAGGCUUGGGGUGAACCGAUGCCGUGGGAUAGUUCAUGGGCCGGUGGUACGACAAACAAGGUCAUGGAUCUUGAUGCGCGGGACCAGGAGGAGGAGACGAACUGGUGGGAUGCGGAGCUGCGGGAAACUAAAGCCCGUCCAGGGCGGGGAAUGCUACCGCCUUCCGUCGCUGAAUUGUUGCACAACCCUGAACAUUCGUUGUUCUCGGUGAGCGUAACCGCACCUGACAUGAGGCCGUCUAGCGAUGUAUCGCCUUUCACUCUUCCGAGCCACGACGAAAUCCUUCGCGCUGUUCCUCACGCCAAUACAUACUACUGUAGACGACACCAUGGUUGGGUGUUCCUCCAAUGGAAAACAUCCACUAUUUUCCCCCCCUUUGCAAAAUCAUUCGACUCCAAACAGCAUCCAUCCCUCCCUGACCAAGAUCGUCGUAAACGUUCUGUCUCUUGCACUGAGGACUCUUUUGAAAAAUCCAAGAAAACCCAUCAUUUCCACUUCUACCCAAAGGCCGUCGAUUCGAGCCAGCUCAAUCCACCAUUCCAUCGUGCCCCCUGGGAAGUCUCUUCACAGAGGAAGCAGAAGCGCCGGAAAAUCACUUCUCUCAAUCUCGAUGACAUCUCGAUCAAAGACUCAGAUGUCAUGAUGAAUGAUGACCCGCCUGAGGGACAUGUAGAGGGCGAACUGCUUGAUCUUUAUGUCUGCUGCCAGUGCUCCGUCUAUUGCAUCGCUUCAGAAACUAUGCCCGGUGUUAUCCCUUUUAGAUAUGUGGAGGAUUUUACGAAGUAUAGAUAUGAACAUCCUGCCAUCGGGAGGCAGCCCGACGAGUCUGUCGUCAGUGGGUGGGAGACACUAAACACAAUUGUCGAAAACAAGUUAUGGAAAGGCAAGAACGGUCAGCUUCCCAUUUCCGGGAAGACGUUCCAGAACAAGAUCGGUUGGUCCCCGACUACGGAAUUUAUCUUCAAACAACUUGGGUUCGACCUUGUUACACGCACCGAGGCUCCAGGGACCCCUGAGGAGAGGACAGGGGAUUUUCUGACACCUCCAAAUUCUGAACCCAACUGUCCGGAAGGCCAGGAGGUACGUAUGAAGCUCCUGCGCUUCUGGGUUGAGACGAACGCGUAUCUCGUAGACUACCAACGUCGCUUCGCAACCGCGCUCAAGAACUAUACACCACACCCUUUGUAUGUCAAAAUCGACAGUGCUCGAGAGAUGUACCAGCAAGCGAUCGGUGCACACCCUGAUCAGAUCCCGAGAUCGUCUUCGUCAUAUCCAUUAGGUUCAUUGGCGGAGUAUAUACCUCUAAUGCAGACGUGGAAGGUAUUAGGAAUAACCCCUACAACAUGCUCUCCGGAAAUUCUCAUCUUCGCCUAUAUGGCGCAAUGCCGGUGUGACCCUGCCAACACAAUACUCUACUUUACCCACUUCUACGCAGUUGUCGCCGCAAUCCAAUCCCUCGGUGGCGUCCCGCCUCAAGAACUACAGACUCUCGUUUUCGAAGAGCGAUCUCGUGGGCGGUUCACAGAGGAGGACCUGCAAAAUGCAGCCGCGGUUCUCGGAUUUGGCAAGGACGGCGCGCUACGCUUGGAUCUUGAAGAUGACAUUGAAGACGAUUUCCUUGCGGAGGCGUGGCGGACAGCCGUCAAAAACGCCUGGCGUGAUGCGAAGGACUGUACACAACUCCAACGCGACGCGAACGAGGCGUUCAGGGUCAUCGCCCAGUCGAGGGGUAGUAAGAGACUGAUGAAGCUGUGGUCCGAGUCGUCGAAGAACCAGAUGGACCCUUCACGGGCCUAUUCGGUAUUAGAGGUUUCCGCGGAUGUGGAUGAUGAGCUUGUGUUGACGGUGUUUAUGAUGCGGGUUGAGGAGCAGCCCCAUCAAUCUGACAAAUGGCGUGAAGCUUUGAGGACCAUUGCAGAAGUGAGGGACAGCAGUCGGCUGCGCCAUUUCUUGGAAGAAGGCAAAGAUCCUGGAGAUAUCGUAGCGCCAACGCGCGCUGAUCUUCCAAGAGGUCUCAAUCAACUUGGAAACACCUGCUAUUUGAACUCACUGCUUCAAUAUUUCUACACCAUCAAGGAGCUUCGUGAGGCUGUCGCUAGCAUGACCAACGUUGACGUGAAGGCUCUUGAAGACGAGAAGUACUCAGAGGAUGACCUUAAGCGGCAUCGCGUUGGUGGACGGUUGAUUACGCGACGCGAGAUCCUGCGAUCGAAAAAGUUCGUCAGCCAGUUGGCGGAUUUAUUUUGGCAACUCCAGUAUUGUGAGAACCAAGCUGUCACACCGACUAUCGAUCUUGCCAAGCUAGCGCUCGUAACUUCAAGAGACGAAGAGGAGGAGGAAGCCGACAGGGGCGGUACUGACUCCUCGAAUGACACGGAUGCGACGCUUGUGGAGGACGGGCCUGUACGAUCAUCGCAUGACUCAAAUAGUUCAAUUCUCGGGAAACGGCCGCGUGACGAACAACGCAUGGACAUAGACGUUGAUACACCCACGUCUCCUAUCACGGAAGAGAAGAAUGGAUAUGUCAUGGUGUCCAGGGAAUCACCAUCUCGUAGAUCCAAGUCCCCUCGCCUGAACGGGGAAAGCUCAUCAAGCACGAUGCCGUUGUCAUCCCAAAUUUCCGAAGUGGAGAUGGUGACCCUUGAGAACUCGCAAGUUGAGGAGCAGAAGAAGCCUCCUCCUUUACCUAUGCGCAAGCCUACCCAGUCAGACCCUGUUAUGAUGUUUGGGAAGCAGCAUGAUGUCUCUGAAUGUAUGGACAAUUGCAUGUUCCAGAUUGAGAUCGCUCUUCUGAAGUUCGACGGGCUGGGCGACUCGGACAAUCAGAGUAGCGUUGUGAAGAGGCGAGUCCUUUGGCUCUUCUACGGGAAAUUACGACAAAGACUUACCCAAGUCCCCGCCCAGCGGCGUCCCCGAUCUUCAACACACGAGAAAGAAGACCUCUUCUCGCAUCUUCCUGUAAAUGUGGCCGAUAACGGGUUUGAUAUCUACGAUGGCUUAAGUGGUUACUUUGACGAUGUCGUUGAUUACGAAGGCGAGAAAGCAAGAAUGGAGGUGACGCUGGUUGAUCUACCGCCAUUAUUGCAGAUUCAACUUCAGCGGGUGCAAUUCAACAGAGAGACCCUUCAACCAUACAAAUCACAAGCAUACGUCAAGUUUGGCGAGACGAUAUAUAUGGACCGAUUCCUUGAUACCGCAGAUCCAGGGAAGAAAGCUAGGUCAAAGGAGAUACAAGCGGAAUUGAACACGCGACGGGAACGUCUGCGCUUGCUGACGCAGGAUAAGCAUGCACCUUUCCCUGCUUCGCUCAAAAACACACUUGAUUUUUUGUCCAAGCAAGAAACGCUUGUUUUCUCAGAGGUCGAUGACGAGCUCGUCGCGAACCUCACUGGCGAACCAGAGCUCAUCGAGGCUGAGAUCGUUGAACUCAAGGACACAAUAUCGAAGCUAAAGGAGGACCUGGAGAAUGUUUGGAAAGACGAUACCUCAGUUGCAUAUGAGCUGACCUCAGUCUUCAUACAUCGUGGCUCGUCACCAUCAUUUGGACACUACUUCUUUUAUUCCCGACAUUUACCGGAGCAACCUGAUAACUGGUUCAAGUACAAUGACCAUCAGGUUACAGAGGUGUCAAAAAACGAGGUUUUGGCUGACACUACAGGGUCUACUGCGAAUCCGUACUUGCUUGUUUUCGCAAAGAAGGACCGGGAUAUUGUCCGUACUGUAAAUCGUUUUGAUCCUAUGAGUUUUGAAGAUAUCGAUACAUGAUCUGUAAUGCUGAUAUCCUAUGAUUCCUUUCAUGCACUAACUGUAUUAUCCCAUCUUUGGAGUAUGAGCGCAUUCAUUCGGGGAAGGCAUAUAUAUUGUGCAUUACCAUAUCCUUAAGAACAUAACAUCAUAUUGACUUGUAGGCAGGUGCAGAGUAUGGCAC